AUGUUAUUUACAAUUGACACUUUAGUCUUUUUGCUUCAAAUCACACCAACGACUACAUCUGACAGUCACAUACUUCAUGAAUUUUACAACAAGGUAGUUGAGCUCUUUUGUUUUUCAUUUUGGAUAUCUGUGACAGUGUACUUUUAUGAUGGUCUCUUACUAUCAUCCAAAGAGAAAUUGAACAUCCAUUUAAAGAAAAAGUUGUAUUCAAAGUUGUUACAACAGAAUGUCGAGUACUUUGAUAGAAAGGAGAAUUCGUUGGGAUCAGUGAUGAACAAGUUAAACAGUGAAACUAAAAACACGCUUGGAGUCACUGGAGACAACUUAGGGGUUUUAUUUAAGAUUAUUUCAGAAAUUAUUUGUGGCGUAGUGUUAGUCUUAUUUUAUUAUUGGCAACUUGGGCUCUGUAUAAUUGCGAUCUUCCCAGUCCUCCUCUUCUUUUUGUUUUGGAAUGGGUACUUAAAUUCAGAACAAAGUUCGCCAGCAAUUAAAGCUUAUGAAAAGUCUGGAAACACAUUAAUAGAAGCCAUUGAAGCUAUUAAAACAGUUCAAUCACUUGGUAAAGAGAAUUUCUUUGGUAUGAAAUAUGCAGAGAGUCUUGAAAAUCCAAGAAAAGGGAUUUUCAAGUGGGGAUUUUUGUUAGGAAUAUUUGAAGGAAUCAACGUAUUCAUUUACAAGACUUUGGGCUCGUUCACCUUUUAUGUUGGAUUCAAAUUUGUCAGAAAAAGUUUUGUGUAUGAUACAAAUGUCAGUGUUUUCAUGAAACAAUUGAUGGAUAAAUACGUCUUAAUGCAAAAGGGGACGUAUCCUUUUAUCAAUGCUUGCACCACUUGUAUCAAUCAUACUGAAGUCAUUCCAGAAAUGGGUCGUUCAUUAACUUCAGCGAAAAGUGUGUUUGAUAUCAUUGACAGACAACUCACUAUUAUUGAAAUGUCUGAUCUUCAAAAAACAGAGAACAUUGAUGACACGCAAAAGGAACAAAACAAUGCUAAAAAUUUGAAAAAUAAGGAAAUAAAUAACAAUAAAAAAGGUAUAAAAAAAUUCAAGUUCGAAACUAAAAUUGAAGGUAAUUUGUAG